AAAAGGAUGAGAGGGAGGGUUUAGUGUGGUUUGUUGGCCACCCAAGUGAUGUCAGUAGAAUAGGGUAGAAAGAAUCCUCUCUUCAACAAAAAGCGAAUGAGAGAGAGAGAGUAUUUUUCGUAAUCUAAAGAGGAAGACAAUAAAGCUGACACAGCCACCACUCCGCCACCCCUUUUGCCAGUACUGAGCCACCGGCCGCCAUCUUAAUUCGUAGAUACACCACCUGCCAAGAAUUUUCCAUCUGAGCGAGAAUAUGGAGCAGCAGCAGCAGCAGCAGCAGCAGCGCAGAAAUGAUCUCCACCGCGUGAAGGCAGCGGAGAAUCAGCAGAUGGCGCCUGCGCCGCCGCAGAAGUGCCCGCGGUGCGACUCCGCCAACACCAAGUUCUGCUACUACAACAACUACAGCCUCUCGCAGCCGCGCUACUUCUGCAAGGCCUGCCGGAGGUACUGGACCCACGGCGGAACCCUAAGAAACGUCCCCGUGGGAGGCGGCUGUCGCAAGGCCAAACGCCCCAAACACGAGAUCGCCAGGUCUCAGCCCGCGAUCCCCUCUCAACAGCCCAUCUACAGCGGCGGCGGCUCCUUUCUCUCCUCCAUGCAAUCUUUAUCCACCGCCCAACCCCAAUUUCAUGAUCACUACUUCCCACCGCGCCCUUCUUGGACUCAAACCUUCAUCAAUACACCUCCCACCUCCACCGCUCCUCCCACCUACUGGACCGCCGCCUCUUCAUUCAACCCGGAUACCAAUCAACCCUUUCAUCCUUCAUCUUCUCACUAGCUUCAUUUCACAUAUUCUAUCUCCUUUAAUUUAUUACCUUUCCUUUCCAUUAUUCCUCUAAAUUAGAUGCCUGUUUUAUGUAUAUAAACAAUAUAAUGUUCUUCUUAUAGAGAUUCAAUUUAAGUUGGGUUAGGUUUGCUUCUUCAACUUUUUCAUCAAAAGUAGUAAAUCGGUUUUUAAUGUUA